GGCAGGUAAGUCGCGAAGGGACGUGCAAAGGGGGCGGGGGAUGGAAUGCAGGGAGAGCGGAGGAGAGAAGCCCGACCGGGCCGGGGUUGGCUUAUUUUACACGGGGCACAACGGUACGGCAAGUUUCGCGAAGCUGCCACUUUCAUGCCCUGUAAUUUCAUUCAGAGAUGGUACAGUGAGACAUUAGUCCCUUUUCAGUCGUCUUGGUGUUUACUUUACUCAUGAAAGGCAAAGCCAAGAAAGGUACUACCUAGGCUCUAGGGUGUCCCAUUUAGAUCCCGCACUUAACUUUUUAGUUUUGGUUACACUGUACCGUAUUCACGCGCCUACCCACUUGAACCACGGGACCCUGUCAAUGGAAAGCUCUAUUAGAUGUGCUGGAGUCUAUCACUGGAACGUUUUAAAUUUUUCCCCUUGGCGAAAAAGUCUUUGAAUGAGUGAAUUCAGAAUUAUUACAAGGAACAAAAGCCUUGGUUCGCCAACCCUGUUGGUUUCAACCUGUCACCCUGGGAAUCGUCCAGAAAGUACGUCCGUUUUUCUGACAUUCAACCGGCAAAUGACGGGAGCUCGGCGCCUGCGAGACUUGGGGUAGGCCGCCCCGCAGAACACGCGUGCACUGCAGACGAGAUGUUGCCUACCCACCAGGCGCUAUGAGAGGCUACAGAGGCUGAACUUGGCUGGUUCGUAUCGGCGCACGACGGGCGUACUUUCCAGAUGAUGCCCUAUUCACCGGGGCCCGGGCUGGGUGUAACCUUUGCUGUAUUGCGUGUGCUCGUGCUCGAUGCGUCACACACGGAUACGCGUGUCCGGCUGCGCCCUGGCCGUUGUGUCGCCUCGUCAUGUCGUUAUGCCAUCAGCUGCGCUGGAGGCGACCGGUGUCGCAGUGUGUCCUGCAUUUACAUGUCAUACAUUUACAUGUUGUGCGUCUGUCCCCGCAGUAGCAUGAUGGUGCCGCCCCCGCGGCCCCGAGCCCUGAGCGUGGUCGUCCUGCUGCUCGCCGGGUGUCUGGUGUCCGCGUCCACCGCGACACGCCAGCCGCACGUCAUCAACGGCUUCAAGCCUGCCGCCGCGGACCUCGCGGCCACCCCCGCGCAGCAGCAGGUGUCCACGCACCGCGUCGACGCCGAGCCCAGCGACCCCGCGGACGUGGACGACGCGGGUGUGCCCGGGUACGGGCUCAACGGCGGCCACGGCGACGUCACGCCGUGGCUGCCCUCCCAGCCCACCUGGCAGCUGCCGCAGCAGCAGGUGCCCCUCGUGCAGGUGCAGCAGGUGCAGCUCCAGGACCCCACCCGCGAGCCCGAGCCCAACAACAUGAUGAGGGUGAUCCACAACAGGCCAGGCUCCGGGCCGUCCCCGUCGGCCCACUACAUCGUGAACCGCCCGCCAGCCGGUGACCGCAUCGACAACCUCGUGGAGUCCGGGAAGCCGCCGCAGCCGCCCAAGAAGCCCAGCCGUCCGUCGGCCGGCGGGGCCUCGGGAGCCCCGGGCACCGUCUCGGAGACCGACAUGUACCUCCUCGGCGCCAUCGAGAAGCUCGUGUAUCGCGUCGACCACCUGGAGAAGCGACUCCGGCGCACGGAGGAGCUCGUCUACUACCUGAUGGAGGGCGCCGCGAACAAGCAGGACGCCGCAGAGCCCUGCCCCAAAGACUUCACCCGGGCCGGCCGGCACUGCUACCACUUCUCCGGGCGCGACCUCAACUGGAAGUCGGCCUCGUCGGCGUGCAAGGCCAUGGACUCGAUCCUCGUCGAGGUGAUCGCCCCCGAGGACAAGCGCGACCUCGUCAACUGGAUCACUGCGCAGCAGGAGUUCAGGGGCCGCGACUUCUGGACGGGGGGGCUGAACCCCGGCCUGCUGUGGAUCUGGGCCAACAGCGCGCGCCCCGUGUCCUCACCGGCGCAGAACGGCACGGGCGCCAACGCCGUCAAGAACCCCGGCGCCGAGGACAUCCCCGGGAACGGGCGCUGUCUCAAGCUGGCCUACAACCCGGCCACCCGGCAGUACAACUACCAGGGCGGCGACUGCUCGGCGCGCUUCCGCUUCAUCUGCCAGAUCGAGGAGCCGUCCGCCUCGCGCGCCCUCUCCCGCAUCCACAAGUCCCUCAACAUCCACCUGGACGGCGACUCGGACCCGCCGCCGCCCGUCUUGACCGCCCUCGCGCCCUGAGCAGGCGAGGCGGAGCAAGGGCGUGACCGAGCUUGUAGUUUGUCUAGUCAUGGGCCGGCCGGCGCACCGGUGACACAUCACGGGGGGCGAAAGUGAGGGGAAGUUUGUUAUUUUUAUACUGUGCGUCUUCUAUAAUGCAGACGAUUGUAAGUUAUUUUCUUUAAUUU